GUUGUUCUGAUGUCUGCAACUUUGGAUGAUACCACAAAAGUUUUACGUCGUUGUCUAGUAAAAUCGGGCAAUUGGGUUCGAGUUGAACUACCCGAAGAAGCUUUUCUGCCAUCUGACACUCAGCUGACACAAUAUGUUAUCAGUGCCGAGGAGGAGGAUAAAUACACCAUUUUGAUUGCGUUGCUCAAACUGAAAUUGGUUCGGGGCAAGACUUUGAUCUUCACUAAUUCCGUGGAUCGUUGUUUCAAACUCCGUCUGUUCCUGGAGGAGUUUGGCAUCAAGACAGCUUUGCUCAAUUCGGAGUUGCCUGUUCUUUCUCGUUGUCAUGCGAUAGAUCAAUUCAAUCGCGGUGUAUUUGAUUAUUUGCUUGCCACAGACGAACGCCCCACGGACGGGACAACAAAAGACGAUUCCAGUGGUAAAAAGGGCAAACGGAGAGAUGCAGAAUAUGGUGUUGCUCGGGGCAUCGACUUUCAAUUGGUGAGCAACGUGAUCAACUUUGACUUCCCUCUGACUCCGUCUCUGUAUGUGCACCGAGUCGGGCGUACAGCACGCGCGGGCCAAAUGGGCACGGCUUUGUCAUUUGUCAGUCAGACUGAGGAGAAAUUGUUACGUUCGGUUGAAUCGUUACUAAAUCCGGCUGGGGAGGCUGCUGCACUCAGUUCCACGGAUGCCCCAGCCACAAAAGCGAUUGAGAAGAUUAAACGAAUUGUUAACAUUUCGCGACAUAUGUCUUCUUUCGGUCUUGAUAAUAGGAGACUGUCUGAUCUGGAGUAUGCAAACGAGACCGAGCUGCUGAUUGAAGAUCCAGGUAAGUUGCAGGCUUUUGUGGGUAGUUUGAGUGCGUUUUUCACCUUCAAAGUGUAA